CUUUUUUUCUUUUUUUUUUUUUUUUUGUUUGUUCUGGUGUUACUGUACGAAAAGCUAAUUUUUCACUUUCAAUUUGUGUGUUGAUUGGGACUGGUAUCAAUAUAUAUCGAGAUAUUCCCGGGCUUUUGCCUUUUGGCUUUUGUAGGACGGACCACCAUAAUGAAUGGCUUAGGUAUACUUGUUGAAGAAAAAGAGCCCACCGGAAGCUUACCAGUGGGUUCUGUUAAUGGAGAAGUGUUACUUCCACCAUUACCGGAUGAAUUAGAAGAUGAUUUUUAUUCGAACUCGUUGAAGAGCUCCAGUGUUGAUUUGAAGAAUUUGAAUCAAGAACAAGUGAAUUUCUUCACUAAUCCGUCAUACUCUACUUAUGAAUUAGACUCUCCCAGUAUAAAUAACUUAAUUCAUUUCCCCUCGAUAGAAGAUGCAUCGACUAAUGAUUCGGUGACCUUGAAUAAAUCAUCAAGUAAUACCUCAUUGAAUCGAAUCACUAGUAAUACGUCAUCCACUCCUUCCACCAUUAAAAAAACCAUCAAGAAUGGUAUAAGAAAAUUGAGUUUGAAACAACAAAGACCCAUACUCAGUCCAUUACAAACCGAUGAAAAAGAGUUUUCAUCAACAUCCACCAUCGAAAGCUUGAAAAAUCGAUCUAGAACAAAUAGUUACCUCACACCCACCACUCCGCCAAUCAAUAGUCCAAUAAUCACCAUCUCGGAAAACUUACAACAACUGAGGAAGAAUUUGAGUGAUUUAGAACAAUGUUUUUUCGAAAGUAUCGAAGACGAUAAUGUGAAUUCCAUCAAUGAAUUAUUAAUCCCCCAAGACUUAUUCAAUUAUUCAAAUUAUCUAAAACAAUCGAAAAAAAAUACCAUUGAGAUAUUCGAACUAACUAAAAAAAGAUUAAUGGAGAGCGGUUGGUGUUCUCAACAUGAUUUGAAUAAUUUACAAUUACAACAAGAUCGGUCAAUUUGCCUAUUAGAUACUAAGCUAUUACAAAUCGAAGAAAAAUUAAAUCAAUUUGAUUUAUCUCUAUUAAAUUAA